AUGAUCACGCUCUUAUCCUACUUGUGCGCGAUAUGCCACGCAGUGCUGUUAAUAAGGGCUGAUUCGAUAGCGGAUCCUUGGCCUGAAGCGCAAAAGUUACUAUCAAGCAUACCGAAGUCCAAAGACCCCAUGAAAGAAGCUGCCAUGGAAUCCAACAUCGAUGAAUUUGUUGGGUUUUACGUACCGAUGGAUUAUUCUCCACGUAAUGAGGAAAAAAACUAUCAAUACGUUUGGCAAAAUGAAAUUACAGAUCUUCAACAUCAAAUCUACGGUUUGCUAGUGCAGUCUAGUGAACAAUUCAACAACUCAGAAGCAACAUACACUCUUAGCCAAAUUCAUCUUUGGAACCAAUAUGAUUUCCCCCACAAUAUGACAUUGGCACACAAAUACUUGGAAAAAUUCAAUGGCCUGACUCACUUCACCAAUCAUUCAGCCAUUUUCGACUUAGCUGUAAUGUAUUCCACUGGUGGUAUUGCUAGCAGUAAUAAUCUAAGCACGAUUCCUCAGGACUCUGCUAAGGCCUUGUUGUAUUACCAAAGAGCUGCCGAGUUAGGAAAUUUGAAAGCUAAACAGGUGUUGGCAUAUAAAUAUUAUUCGGGAUUCAACGUUCCCAGAAAUUUCAAUAAAGCUCUGAUAUUAUAUAGAGACAUUGCGGAAUAUUUAAGGGGAAUGUAUUCGAGGGAUGAAUGGGAUAUUGUAUUUCCCUCUUGGGAAAGCUAUAACGUGAGAAUAUCUGAUUUCGAAAACGGAUUAUUGGGAAGAGGUUUAAAUUCUGUUCCGUUCUCUACAGUGAGGAAAAGAGCUACGUCGGAUAUUGGCUCACCCUUUAUCGCCCAAGUUAAUGGUGCACAAAUGACUUUCCAAUUCGAAACAAUGGGCAGGUUCACUCUCAGCGGCCACGAGGGUCAUAUUGAUGACGACGAAGACGACGAAGACGCCAAUGAAAGAAGAAUAAUAAGGAUAUAUAACGCAGCUUGGAAUGAUUAUAGAGGGACCUAUUCGCAAAGUAGGAACUGUGAGCGCGCUAAAAAUUUGCUGGAAUUAACCUACAAGGAGUUCGAACCCCAUGUGGACAAUCUYGGUCAUUUGCAAGUUUUAUAUUACGUGAGUUGCUUGCAAUUAUUGGGACACAUGUAUUUCACCGGUGAAGGUUCCUCGAAGCCUAAUAUCCCUAUGGCUGAAGAGAUUCUGACCAAGACGCUAAAAAUAAGCGAAAGUAUUAGCGCGUCUAUGGGUAGAGCAAAUAUAGAUUUAGGCUUAAUCAACCAAUACAUUACCGGGAAUGUUUCCAAGGCGGUUUCUUAUUACACGCGUGCUAUUGAAACUAACACUAACAAUGGGAUUGUGGAAUUUCAGUUAUCCAAAAUAGCCACUUUAUUCCCUGAAAAAAAAAUUGGUGAUCCGUUCAAUUUAAUGGAGACUGCGUACUCGAAGGGGUUCAUUCCAGCUAUAUAUGAGUUUGCAGUGAUGACCGAAUCUGGAACAAACCGCAAAUAUAGUGUAGAGAAUACCGCUUACCUGUUCAAAACAUUCGUUGACGAAAACGAACCUAUUAUGGCACCGGAGUUAAGGACAGCGUUCGCUGAAUUGAUCAACGACCGUUCAGAAGUGGCUUUGUGGGCGUACUCCCAAUUGGCAGAACAAGGUUAUGAAACCGCUCAAAUAUCUGCAGCCUACCUAAUGUACCAACUGCCAUACGAAUUAGAGGACCCGCCAAGGACUACAGAACCAAGAAAGACCUUGGCAAUAUCCUACUAUACGAGAGCUUUCAGGCAGGGAAACAUAGACGCUGGUGUUGUUGCAGGGGACAUUUAUUUCCAAAUGCAAAAUUAUAGUAAAGCCAUAGCACUAUAUCAGGGCGCCGCUUUAAAGUAUUCCAUACAAGCCAUUUGGAACCUGGGCUAUAUGCACGAGCACGGGCUAGGUGUGAAUAGGGAUUUCCAUCUGGCUAAGCGCUAUUACGAUCAGGUGUUGGAACACGACCAUAAAUUCUAUUUGGCUUCCAAAUUAUGUGUGCUCAAAUUACAUUUAAAGUCGUGGUUGACCUGGCUUACGAGAGAAAAAGUGAACUACUGGGCACCCACUAUCCCUCCCAACACAAGCGAAGAUACCCAGCCUCCAAAGACUUCGUGGUACAAGCAGUUGACGAACAUUUUACAAAGGAUAAGACACAAAGAGGAUGACACAAGAGCUACAGAAGAAUCUCACAAGCAUAGAACCGUCGUACAAAAUGGCGCCACCCACAGGGACCAGAAUGUACAGGAAACUUCUGAGAUCCUGGGAUUCCAAGUGGAAGACCUCAUCACCAUGGGGUGCAUCUUGGGGAUAUUCCUCCUAAGCAUUCUAAUGAGCACAUUGGCGGCUCGGAGGGGUUGGAACGUCCGUUUCAACGGCGCCCAGCUAAACGCAAAUGGGAACCCACAGCAGCAGCAGCAACAGCAGCAACAAGCACAGGGGCCUCCUGGUUGGGACUUCAACGUACAGAUAUUUGCCAUAUGA